AGUCACACCACAUUUUGAGAAACUUUAAAGGAAUCCAUGUAUUCCUCACUGGUUAUAAAUGAAAAAUAAUGUUUUAUCUUUAAAAAAAAGGAACAUAGAUGCUAAUCAUUUACAUACUUUUAAUAACUGUAGCCCUUCUCAUGAAUCAAUUACCAAAUGUUUCCUUUAUAACAAGUUUUGGACAGGCCAUUGUCUUCAAUAAUAUUUCCAAAUCGUGACAGUAUCCUUCAACUGUCUAACUACUAUUUACACGUAACCUUGACAUAACGUGGAACAUGUACUCUUCUCAUAAAAAACGUUUUAUAAAAUACUAAUUGAGAUUGUAAACAGAACAUGUGUGAUAUAUCUUUUUUAGUAGCUAUAUACGCUGUCAGAAUAUUUUUUUAUGCAAAUCAGUAUUUAGAUCUGCCUCUCUUUACAGCAAGUUGUAUGGGGAUCCUUGAGUGGGUGUGGCUAUUGGUCAAAUUGCAUACGUGUCAAAAAAAGGAAGCAAAGCAAACUAUUCCAUAUUUCAAUAUAAUUGCACGAGAACCCUGAGGGACUGAACCAGCAGGCCAAGAAAUCUGCUAAGAAACUGGAGAAUGGAAUGGCAGCAGACCACUAUGAAGUGCUCAUGGAAAUUAGUGCUGUUGCUGGUAUUCUUUUGUCUGGCGGUGCAGUACACAGCCCUCCGCUCCAUUCAGGAUUUUUUCCCUAGACCAUGCCAGGACUUCAGUCAAUGCCAGAAAUACCCUGAGAAAGAUCACAGCUUGAAAUCUUCCUAUAAAAGCAACUCUGUACCCACAAGACCAACCACUGCACCUGCUCGGAGGCACAUCCAUCUUUUUUCACAAACCCGCAGUGGCUCCUCCUUCGCUGGCCAGCUGUUUAAUCAACACCCAGAUAUCUUUUAUAUGUUUGAGCCACUUUACCAUGCCCAACAGUCCAUCUUCAACUACAGCAAGUGUCUUGGGAAGCCCACUGACAGAUUUGUGCAGGGACUCUACAGAGACCUCCUCUUCAACCUAUAUACCUGUUACAUUAAUGUCCUGGAGAACUACAUCCAGCCAGAGCCUAAAGAUCACCUGACAACUUCUUUCUUCCAUCAGGCCUCCAGCCAUGCUCUCUGCUCACCACCCAUCUGUCAAGAGGGUAAAAAGGAGAUUAUGGAAGGGCAGCCAGAUGAGAGCUGGUGUCACAAAAAGUGUCGAAUCCUAAACCUCACUUUAGCCUCCAUGGCUUGCCAUUCCAGAAGCCACGUAGCCAUCAAGACAGUACGGAUCCCUCGGGUGAGUGACCUCCGCAUCCUAACAGAAGACCCACGAUUAGACUUGAGGAUUAUUCACCUGGUAAGAGAUCCCAGAGCAAUCUUGGCAUCACGCAUAACUGCGUUCACUGAAAAGUUCAUUGCCUGGAAGAUCUGGAAUGCCACAGACAAGCAACCAAAUCAUGUGGACUUGACACAGAUCACGAGAACAUGCCAAGACAUGGUGUACUCUGUGGAUAUUGGUCUGAAGAAGCCAGCCUGGCUGCAAGGACGGUAUCUACUAGUGCGCUAUGAGGAUCUAGCAAUUAAUCCCGAAGCUAAGGCCAAAGAGAUCUACAAAUUCCUGGAUUUGAAUAUAGACAAUAAAGUUCUUACAUGGAUAUCUCAAAACACCAAUGCCACUUCCUCUAGUAAGUCAAGGUUCUCCACCAGCAGAGACUCCAAAACCACACCAGAGAGCUGGAGACUGCAUCUGGGCUUUGACAUUGUUAAGACAGUGCAGACACUAUGUAAUAAUACUCUGGCUUUAUUGGGCUACAAAAUAGCACAGUCUGAGGUGGAGCUGAGGAACAUAACAAAUAGUUUAGUGGAACCAAGGACUUUUAAUUAGUUUGUGAUGAAAAAAUGAGAAGGUAAAGGUCAGUUUCCCAGUAAUCAUGUUGAAAGUGCAUAGUGAUUUAGCCUCAACAAUCAAUUUUUAAAUGUGAUUUAAACCCACUGGUGAGGGCUUUACUGUAAGGAAUGUAUAAAUAACGCUUUAAUGUUCCAGCUUAUCCUGUAAUGAGCAGUGCUUUGAAUUAUUCAAAGUGUCUGCUAAAAGGACAAUUCACAAAUUUCUACAUAUACUGUAUGUCAUGAUCUCGCCGGCAGAUGGCACUGCGGCAUCGACGUGCACGGACAGCUGGAGAGCGCAAGUGUGCACGAGAUUACAUAAUGAGGACUGUUUCCUAUGGACACGUGCCUUUGUUUUGGUUUUGUUCUCUUCCUGUUCAGGUAUUGGUUGAUGUUCAAGGGUGUGUCAUUAUUGGUCCCAGCUGUCUGUAUUCAAGCGUGAUUAUGUUUGUUAUUUAAAGCCUUCGUGUUGCUGUGCACUUUGUGCAGUAUUGAAUGAAUGUAUAGGUGAAUACGUUUACGUAUGCCAAGCGGUCGUGUUUUCAUGUCCUGUUCUUGUUCCAUGCCUCGAAUCUAGUUUCAUAUUUAAACCUCGAUUAUCUCUUCCAGUCUAGACCGCGUUUCAUGUUUAUUGACUUCUGUUUUAGAAUAAAGACUUUGAUCUGCGCUUGCUUCUGCUUAUAGACUCAUUUCGUAACACUGUACCUUCAAUUUAACACCUACCCUGUGGCUGUUUUCAAAGAAGUUUUCAAAGUUUCUUAGCUGAAUAGAAUGUACUAAAGCCAAAUACACCCACUGUCCACAGUUGCACCAAUAUCUCCACUUACCAGGACCCUAUCUUGGCAAUGAUACAAGGCCAAAACUAUAUUUUUCUCAAUUCCUACAACCCAAUUUUGUGAAUGUACACUACUGUAUUUACAUUAACCCACUUCCAGCUACAUAUAAAUGACAAUCAUUUUAUCGAUAACAAAUUAGAAUAGACAACUCUGUUUUGGCUACUACUGAGACAGUUGCAUGGCGUGACCUUUCAAUAAAAAUCACAAAGUGAAAUAUGAUGCAGUCUGUAGGCCAUGAUGAUGACGUCCAUCACCUAGUAGGCCAGUCUCCAUUUAGAUGGAACAAUCCUCACAUCUUUUAUCUGUGAUGGACCAAGUGAUCUUAUGACUGAAUCGCCAUUGUGCAGUCCAAAUAGUAUUAUAGUGAAUGUACAGGACAUAACAAGAAUAUUCUGUAGGUUCACCUUCAUGGGAUGCUGUGAAGUCAGUUGAUUGAUUCAACAAAAUUGGGCGAUAUGAUCUUGGGGAGAAAACCUGGAUUUAACCACUUUCGAAUCAUCUGGACACCAAUGUAUGCAAGACAGCUAAUCACCAAGGCAUGCAUUUCUCAUAGUUACUGCUGAGGUGAUUACACCCAAAAAGGCAGUGUUACAGUAACUCAUUUACUGUGUUUUUUUCACUAAAUUAUUAACCUAAUACUACCGCAAACGUUCAUUAGUAACAACUGUGUAGGAUGUUUUUUAAUAUGUAGUGUGUGUUGCAGCUGGUUUCUCUCCUAUGAAACUUUAAAUUAAAUCAAUUAAAUUUAUAAUUAAUAAUUAACAAUAAAAUAAAAUAAAAUUAAAUUUACAUUAAAUCACAAGUCUGUAAUUAGAAUAAUGAAAUGCUUACCUGCCCCACUGUGCUCAUUGAUGGAAUGUGAUUGCUAAAGCACCUGGACUCUGUAAUGAGUAAUUAGCAAUAUUACAAUCUGAAAUAAUUUCUAAUUGUUUCUAUAUUAUAUGAGAUGGAGGCUUUUUUUAGACCCGGACAGGCCCAUGGCAACUAGACAGAGUCUGAUGUUUCAACACCAACAAAGGCAAGACAUCAGCAGAUGAAGAAAUGGAAGAACAUAGAGCAUUUAAAAGAGAAUAAUUUCAUGAUUUUUACCUAUACAUUAGUUACAGUUAUGGGUGUCAAUUCUUUGAAUAGAGUAAACUAAGCUGCAGUUUAAUCACUGUUGCAUUACAUGUCCAUUAGGAAAGCAAGGAAUGUGUUAGUGUAGUCCACAUGAAGGACAUAAAGAGUAUGAUCACAAACCAAGAUAAGACUUGCCGGUCUUAAUGAUUUUACUGCUGUUGACACAUUUCAAUUUAAUCCACACUUACUUUACUUACUAAAACAGUUUUUUUA